AUGGCCAACAUGACAUCUGCGGCGCUCGCAAAGUUUGAUCAGGCUGCUUUGUCUGGGCUCUUUGAUGCCUCCUUGGCCCAGCGAGCGGCCAGCUGUAGGCAGCUGUUAACUUUGUUUGGCAGCUCCGAAACGCCCACCGAUGAGCAGAUAUCUCUUGAGAAGGAGCUUUCGAAGGCCCUGCUGAUCCAAGUUCUGUCGCCCGAGUUGCGGCGGGUGGCGCUGGCAGCUCUGCAACAGCUGCCGCGCUGGGAUCCGGAGGUCUUGAACCGGGCAGUACGAAUUCCUCCGUUCCAAAGGGAGGACGACCAAAACGCCACGAAGCGUCCCAUGGAGCCAUGGUAUGGAGCCUUGUUUUUCGUCCUAGAUGAUGAGGACCAAUACAUUCGCGCAGCUGCUCUGAAGGUCCUGGUAAAAGCUUUGUGCUGUAAAAGUGGAGAUGGAAAAGUGCCUGAAGUUGAAGGUUUAUUUCAGCGACUUGCUCAAAUUGCUUCUCUUUGCCUACACGACCAUGCAGAACUGGUGAGAAACGAAGCAGCAGCUGCUUUGGUGGAAGUCAUGACAACCCGAAAUGUUGCCUUGACAAGUGGUGCCGCCUCACUCAAGGACGGUCCAGCUUUGGAAACUCUUCUAGAAGCUUUCCCACGGGCUCCACUGGCGGUGCUGCAAGUGCUAAAGAAGUCUCGCUUGGCAGAUGUCGAUGCCGUUCAAGCAGCUCUCCGUUGGACGGUUUCGGUGGAGCACUUGCAGGAGUCUGAAGUACAAGCUGUGGCCUGGCACUUGGCAGGUGAACUACAGCGAAUGGAGGAGCAACCACCGCCGAAACGAAGGAAGGGCAGCCUGAAACUGGACCCCAAUCUGGUGCCUGGAACAAGGUUUCUUACCGCCUCGAUCCUACAUGGUGAAGAUCCUGUCGCUCCAGCUGGCAUGGCAAUGGGUCUUGCGCUGGCUCGCGGUGCAAAACAAAUGGACCGGCUCGAGACUGUCUUGAGGUCUCUGGCGGCCAGGUGUGAUGUAAGCAUACUUCGUGGUUCAGAUGCAUUUCCACUACCCAGGAGCUCCAGGCAAGGGGAAGAUGACAUGAGGGGAUACCUUCAUCUGCUGGAGGAAUAUUGGCACGAGACAGUGGAUGUGGUUUUAGAGGAACCAGAUCCUGAUGGCAACAUUUGCAGGCCAUCGCAUCGAGAUUUGAUCAUGAAGUUGAGUCGACUCGCGGAGGAUCUUGCACUGCGCAGCGCAGUCUCAGGUAAUUCAUUCUCGGAAUGGCUGGGCUGGGCCGAGCUGUUCAAGAGCCUGUGCGAGGCCUCCCUUGUGAGCGAUGAAGAUGAGGAAGGACCAGAUGCACGAAACGCAGCGGUGAAAUUCCAUCAGGCGGUGUCGUGGCUGAUGCAUGGCUUCAAGCGGCCAGUUAUGCCCAGGGCUUUGUUGGCUUUCCGUUUGUGGUCGCUUCAAUUCUUGCGGGUCCCAUUGGACCUAUCACAGGAUGAAAAGAGCCAGCUGAUGUCCUCUCUCUUUGAAGAUGGCGAAGCUUGUCCUUUAUCGUCUCUGGUGUCCGACUGCGAAGCUCAUUACAGCAAGUUGUCCUUGGCCAAAGGGGAGAGGUGGUUGCAUCCCAGGGGUAGUCGAAUUGAGCAGGGUCAUGUCCUGGUCGAUGUUGACAGCAGCAUCGACUUUGGGCUUCGAUUGAAGCCUUGGAGUCGCCUUGGUCAAACUGAUCCAAGUGGCGCAAUAGAGGUUCCUCCAUCCUUCGGUUCCAGGUCUCGACGAGUUUUCUACCCGCUGUCAUGUGAGACACCGAGACCAUUCCACCUGCAGCUCUACUUGGACAUUGAUGCGGUGGGUAAAGGCGCCUUUGCUUCUGGCUCCACAUGCAUCAAGGACCAGGAGUUGCACAGGCUAGUCAACAUGAUCCCAGUGGGGCAGCUGCUGGAGUUGCACUUGGACUGGACUUGAUGAGAGGAUGGCCCAAUUGUGACUGAUGACUACCAGAACGCCCGGUACUACGAUUUCCGUGGGCACACCUGGCCAUAAGGAGAUGAUGAUUUUUGACACUGAAUCUGCAAACUUCUGGGUGCCCACCAAAUUCCUAUCUCAGAAGAACAUCUACGAUCACUAAGCCCUCGACCUACAAGAAGGGCACCGGAGGGCACCUUUGCCAUUCAGUAUGUAUCUCGUCCUGUGUUUGGUGCUUUCUCGACACUGUGACCAUUGGUGACUUGAAGGUGCAGGGCUACACCUUUGUAGGGGUUGAAAAGACGUUGGGUUUCGGAUAUCCUGGCAAGUUCAACGGCAUCCUCAGGCUGGGAUGCAACACCCAUGAAUGCCUUGGUGAAACCUGGCCAGUUGCCUGAGCCAGUCUUUGAAUUCUUGGGCAACAAUCAAGUAGCAUCAAGUAGCCAGGUGAGUUGGUCUUUGGAGCUGUUGACCCCAAGCACUACACCAGAAGCUUCUCCUUCGUUCCUUGAGCUCUGAGUCCUACUGAGAGAUCAACUCGGAAGGCGUAAAGCUGGGAUCAGAGCACCCUCAGAAGCUGGGUAAGCUAACGCAGCAAGACAGCAAGCUACGUCACGUCAAGACUUCCAGAGCCAUCCAGAGCCAUGAGAUCACCAGAUCAACUUCCGCAACUUCCGGAAGCUGAAGGGACGGUCACAAAGAUCCGACUCGCAGAUCGCAGACCUCUGGGAGCAAGUCGAUCUCCUGGCCAGUUUGCGUAAUCCGUAUAUGUAUAGCCUGUAUAGCGGAUUGAACAGCACAGUGCAUUCAUGCUGAGCCGGACAGUUUGACUAUUGCACCCUGAGAGCUGCCAGGACCUGGGUCAUAGUCAUAAUCAGUUAUCAUAGUUAUCAUAGUUAGCCAUAGGAAGGUGGAAGAAGAUGAAGAAGCAGCCAGAGAGGAUUUUCAGGCAAACAAUUGCUACCUCCACACUCGCUGCUGAUUUUUGCCAGGAGUUGUUUUGCACGUUGAUGGACACUGCGUGAAUGUACAUGAUUGAGGUCACGUCCUUC